ACCUCAAGGCUUUGAGGAAAGUCUGUGCAAAGCCUGACACAUCGGAUCCCAGGGAAGCACUAAUCUGGCCAGGAUGGAUGCUAUCGGCAUGAGACGCCGGCCUACAGACCCGGAGUUGCUGGAAGUUACAUCGGAAUCAGACAGCUCUACUGACACUGACGACGACUCGGAAACCUCUAACGAACCCUUGCUACGGAAAACGACUACGAUAACCGGAAAAUCCCUAUGCCUGAAAGGGCUGCUAACGCUUCUUGCCCUGCUGUUUGCUGCUGCUGUUCUUGCUACUAUCUUCUACUUCAUCGGAGUUGGACCGUGGUAUCUUACGCAUACAAGAGUCACCUAUGGACAUUCCAAGUAUGCUACCUUCAACUGUUGGAAUACAAGCACCACGGCAAUUUUUGUACCAUGGGACAACGAAACUUCUAUCCAGAACCGAACCGGACUGUUCGCCAAAAACAACGGCAAAAAGUACGUAGAAAGCCGAGCCUUCAACUUGAACGACUCCACACUGGACGACCUCCUGAACCGGACCUGGGAGAUCUACGCCUAUGACUUCCUCGACACCGAAGCACUCUGCUGGAUACGGGUUCUGCAACGUAAAGAACGCCGCACCGUGAGAUGCAACUGGAUUCAUCCGGAUCGAGGCUUUCCAGAAUGGCAUUGCAACAUGGCUUGUCGAUCGCUGCUAUUGUUACCAAACCAGGGGUACUGGGAUACCGAAGUAGUAUACCCAGCCCCACACAGGUCCUCAGGCUGUCGAGCCUGGCUCCCACGAGGAGAAUUUUGGGGAGACUAUCACCUCAACUGCAGAACAGAUGACAUCAUCCCAACAGCACCAACGGGGAACUGGACCUACAGAAAUGCCUCCCGAGGUAAUCUUCCAGUCAAUGCAACGAUUUCGCCUACACCAGCCAAUUUGACUAACAUGACGGCUUUCCUGAUCAGACAAGGACCUAGACGGUUUAUGUAUCAGGCCGAGCAACAGCACUGUUACAAACACCACUUUCUUUGGUUAAAUCCUUGCCUCUGGAACAAGUUUGUGAAAUGUGCGGGACAGAACUAUAUAGUUUCAGCCAUAGAGGAAUACUGGGCUGAUUUUUGGCACUCUACACGCCCACUCCGGACAGAAAUUGAAACCUGGCUGAACAACACGUUCCCAUGGACGUACAUAGCCGAAGAACAAACGUUCUUUAUGGGAGACUUCCCGGAAGGAACGGUUCGCUCUCAUACUGGACUAACUGAGCUACACAUUGCCAACUUGCAGGAGCAGAUUGAACUACGGACCGCACUUCAGAACCACAGGGGAGCUCGGACUUCACACCGCUAAGAAAGGACUGGGACCCAUCGCCCCAUCCCUGGUUCAUUAUUCGACCGUUGGUCUCGUCUCAACCCAGCAAUU